ACUUGGGUAAUUACUUAGAAGUUGCUGAAUGGUCUUUAAGGUCAAUGGUUCUCUAGAAAGCUGUUUUCAAAGAAAAAUCCCAAAAGAAGAAGUAUUAAAUUAGAAGAUGAAAGUAUUGCUUCUUUCAUAGCAUCACAUGUGUUGUGUAUCUCAACUUUACAAGCCAUGAGAUCAACUUCUGUUAUACUUGUCAGAUUUCUAAGCAUUAUUGCAACCCUACUUGCCAUUAGCUCGUGCAAUGGAAAUAUGGGGGUGCCUUGCAAGGACAACGAGAGACGAGCCCUGUUGAUGUUCAAGCAAGAGCUUCAUGAUUCUUCGAAUCGGCUUUCAUCCUGGGUUGGUCAUGGAGAAGGAGACUGUUGCACUUGGCUUGGUGUUGUCUGCAGUAACUUAACCGGCCAUGUCCGCGAGCUCCACCUUGGCAACUACUAUUUGGGUGGUAAGCUAAAUCCUUCUCUGCUCAAUUUAAGCAGUCUCAAUUAUUUGGACCUAAGCAACAACGAUUUUGACGGAAUACUAAUUCCCAACUUCUUUGGUUCUCUUACAAGUUUAAGACACCUUGACCUCUCACAAGCAAAUUUUCAGGGAAUAAUUCCUCAUCAGCUGGGGAACCUCUCUAGUCUACGCUAUCUCGAUCUCCAUGGUAACUACUUUGAGGUUAAUAACCUCCAGUGGAUAUCUGGUCUUUCUAUGUUGCAACACCUGGACCUGAGUGGUGUUAAUCUUAGCAAAGCAUCUGAUUCGAUCCAGGAGACAAGCAUGGCCUCUAAUUCUUUGCUUGAGUACUUGGAUAUGUCUGAUUGUCGACUUCAUCACAUACCAGGUGGCAUUGCGAACAUGGCUUCUCUUAGAGUUCUAAACCUUUCAAGGAACUCUAUCAAGGCAACCAUACCUAAAUGGCUGUACAGCCUGAGCCAUCUCGAAUCCCUUUUUCUCUCAGACAAUCACUUGUAUGGUGAAAUUCCAACUUCCAUUGGAAAUUUGACAGCCAUCGUCAAUCUUGACUUGAGUCAUAAUCAACUUGGGGGGGAAAUCCCAAAUUCAUUUGAAAAUCUCUGUAAGUUGAUGUUUCUUGAUCUGUCGUGGAACCAUGUUAGUGGAAGGGCAUCAGAAAUCUUCAAAAGUCUAUCUCGGUGUACUUCAAGUCAACUAGAGUCCAUCAGCUUAUCGUAUAAUGAUCUUUCCGGUCAUUUAACAGAUGAGCUCGGAAAUUUUCAAAAUCUAAGCUACCUUAAUCUUUCCAGUAAUUCAAUAUCUGGUCCCAUUCCAAAGUCGAUACAAAAUCUGUCACUCUUGAAAAUAUUAGACAUUUCUAAUAAUCCAAUGAAGGGUGAUGUCACUGAAGUUCAUUUUACUAAUCUUUCAAGAUUGCAGGAGCUUUUUGCAAGUGAAAAUUCAUUGACUCUCAAAACCUGUAGAGAGUGGCUUCCUCCCUUUCAACUUCAUGUGUUGUUCUUAGAUUCUUGGAAUCUGGGGCCAGAGUUGCCUAGUUGGCUUCAGAGUCAAAAGUACUUGGAACAGCUAAGCAUAUCAAAUACAGGAAUUUCUGGUACCAUUCCGAUAUGGUUUUGGAACUUUUCUUAUCUGGGAUUAAGUUUCGUGGAUCUCUCUGGCAAUCAAUUGUAUGGUCAGGUUCCAAGAAUAGUUGCUGCUCCUUCAGCUGUAAUCGACUUAAGUUCCAACAAGUUCACCGGUUCCUUACCUCUUGUCUCUGCUACAGUAGCUGUGCUCGAUCUUUCCAAUUCAUCUUUUUCGGGGUCCAUCUUUCACUUCUUUUGUGACAGGAUGGAUGAAUCAAAGCAAAUGACAAGCCUUUAUCUUCGCAACAAUCAUCUUACAGGAGAAAUUCCUGAAUGUUGGAUGAAUUGGAAAAACUUGAUCGUCAUCAAUUUAGAUAACAACCAUUUGACGGGGAACAUUCCAAGCACCAUCGGAGACUUAAUUUUGCUUCAAUCACUGCAUUUACGCAAUAAUCACCUCUCUGGAGAAGUGCCGUUGUCCCUACAGAACUGCAGGAACUUAGUACUAGUUGACCUUGGAGAAAAUGAUUUUGUUGGAAGCAUACCGACGGGGAUAGGGAAAAGCCUUUCACAAUUGAUGGUUUUUAGCCUUCGUUCAAAUAAGCUUCACGGCGACAUUCCUCGUGAACUUUGCGGUCUCGUAAAGCUUCAAAACUUGGACCUUGCACACAAUGAUCUCGUUGGAACAAUACCAACAUGUUUCUCUAAUUUUAACGCCACGAACAACGCGUUAGAAUGGAGCAGUUCAUUUUCAUUCUUCAGAUACAUUCAUGGUUUUGAUGGCAAGUACAAGGAUAAUGCCAUCUUGGUGAGUAAAGGGAGGGAAGUGAGACAUAGCAGUGUUCUUAGAUUGGUAACUAGGUUGGAUCUUUCACACAACAAUAUAUCUGGUGAGAUACCCGAGGAACUGACCAGCCUUGUCAACUUAGAAUCGUUGAAUUUAUCGAACAAUCUUUUGACUGGAAGAAUCCCAUCAAAGAUGGGUGAAAUGGAAUGGUUAGAAGUUCUUGAUAUGUCCAAGAACCAACUUUCCGGUGGAAUUCCUCUGAGCGUGUCGACUUUGACAUUUCUUGCAUACUUUAACGUGUCCUACAACAAUUUGACAGGGCCUAUUCCACAAAGCGGUCAAUUUCAGACCUUUGAUGCGUCUAGUUUCAUUGGCACUAAACUUUGUGGACCUCCACUCAAAGAGAAUUGCAGCACAGAUGCGGAGAAACCCGGAGGAAGUCACCUGAAAGAGAAUUGGUUCUAUCUGAGCAUGGGACUAGUUGCCUUCUUUCUUGGUUCCUAAAAGCUUUUAAUUAGUACGUGCAGAAACUUUAUGGUGUAAUUGUUGUUGUGUUCUUCCUCUAAUAAAAAAAUAUUUAUGUUGCAUUA